AUGUCGCUCUUUGGGUCGACGGCUACCGGCGGCGGCGGUCUGUUUGGACAGUCGCAGAACCAACCGCAGGCCCAGCAGAGCACAGGAGGAGGCUUGUUUGGACAGCCGCAGCAGAGCAGGCCUGCGGCUGGCGGACUGUUUGGUGGAUUGUCGACGACAACGCAGCAACCGCAAACUCAACAGCAGACGUCCAGCGGUGGACUGUUUGGCCAGCCACAAAUUCAGCAGCAGCAGACGAUGACGGCUUCAUCUGGCGGAGGUCUGUUUGGGCAGUCGACGGCACAGAAUCAGCAGCAGCCAGCCGCCGCUGCCGGAGGCAGCCUCUUUGGCCAGGCGACGACCCAGAACCAACAGCAGCCCUCGCUCUUCGGCGCCUCGACGGCGAAGCCUUCCAUUUUUGGCGCGACGACGACGAGCAUGAAUGCUCAACCGCAGCAGGGUGGCACUGCGUUCGGGGGCAGCAUGCUGGGUGGGAGUCUGCUCGCCAACCCAGCCCAAAAUGCUCCCCCCCCGCAACAACAGCCGCAGCAACAGCAGACCCAACAACCGGCCGGUGCCUAUUUCGACAGCCUUUUCGCCAAGUCGCAAAAGGACACUGGCGGCAAGGCGGCGAUGGAAGACCUCCCCAGCCUCGAGCUCGGCCUCGGCGAUCUUCGUCACCGGCUGAGAAAGCUUCAGUCGAAACCGAGCGAGAAGCUCAUGGAUGGCAAGGCCCACUACCUCCUGGCCGCUUCGGGCGUCGAUCCCAGUGCGGCCGCCAAGGAUCUCGGCUUGCUGGAGGUGCAAGGAGGACGGGCCGAGCGAGCUCACGGAUCUGCGCCAACCGAGAUCGACGUCGAGACCUAUCUUUCGAACCUGCAAACCAAGACGACAUUGAGCAUGAUCGCCGACGGCCUCGAGCGCUCGGUGCGAGACUUUGACAACUUUCUCGACGACAACGUGGCCAUGGAAUGGGACGCCCAACGGAAGCGCAUCUAUCAACACUUUGGCAUCAAGCCCCGGGAAGACCUCGCGACGACGAGCAAGGAGUCGCACCCGGGCUUCGGCCGAUCGCGCCGGAGCAAGGUCCAGGCGGGUGCGGCCUCGCGCGCCGGCCGCAACAGCAUCUUGGGCAACUCGAUGAUGCAGCGCUCCGUCAUCGGCAACCCGAGCCGCAUCGGCGCCCACCAACCAGGCUUUUCCGACGUCGACCUCUCCUCCGACACCCUUGGCGCCCUCAAGACCCGUGGCGGGACCGAGGAUCGUGCCGUCCGCGAGAGGCAGGCGAAGCUGGCGGAGAAGGUUCGCAACCUCAACGCUGCACGCCUCAUGAAGCGACCCUAUCCCCUCUUCGCCGAGCUCGGAGAGGUCGAGCAAAAAUCGAACGAGCCCCACGCGCCCCACGUCCUCGAGGCGUACCGAGCCAUGAUCGAAAUCGUCGGCGAGGACGCCGAGGCCGAGACGUCGCUCAACGAGGCGACGGCCCGGGAGCGUCAGUUCGCGCACAUGUACCUGGACGAGAACCCCAACUCGGCUCAGUCGGUCUCGAUGAGGAAGCGCAUCCUCCAAGGCUCCAACCGCUUCCUCGAAAGGCAGUUCCUGCGCGAGGUCGAGUCCCUCAUAGCCAAGCACCCGCACGAAGCCAAGCUCGGCGGCCUGCCCGACAUCACGAGCAAGGUCAAGGCCUACAUCCGCCUGCGGUCGGCCCGGAAGGACCUCGUGCCCGACAACACGGACCUCCAGCAGAUCCAGGGCGAGUACGUCUGGGCCGUCGUCUUUUACCUCCUGCGCUCGGGCCACGUCAACGAGGCGGCCCAGUACGUCAACGACAACAGCAACCAGUUCAGGGGCAUCGACCGCACCUUUGCCACCUACCUCAACAACUACGCCGCGAGCGAGGACCGGCGGAUCACGAACCGCAAGCUGCUCGAUCGCUGCACGAACGAGUACGUCCAGCGAUCGCGCAACGCGCCCGACAACUCCAUCGACCCCUUCCGCAUGGCCUGCUACAAGGUCAUCGGACGCAUCGAGCUGAGCAACCGCAACCUCGACGGCCUGAACACCGACAUCAACGACUGGGUCUGGCUCCAGUUCAACCUCGCCCGGGAGGGGGACAAGACGGUCGAGAUGGCCGGCGAGUCGUACGGCCUCGCCGAGCUGCAGUCCAGCAUCCGCGAGAUCGGACUCAAGCACUUCCCCAAGGCGAGCGCCGAGGACACGACCAACGGCAGCUUCGGCAUGUUCUUCUACCUCCAGAUCCUCUCGGGCAUGUUCGAGGACGCCGUCGCCUACCUGUACCCCUUCUCCUACGUCGACGCCGUCCACUUCGGUCUCGCGCUCGGCUACUACGGCCUCCUGCGGCCGAGCGAUCCCGUCUCGGCCUCGAACGACCUCCGCAGCCACAGCGUCAAGAACCUGCCUCAGAUCAACUUUGGCCGCAUGCUCGGCUACUACACGAGGGACUUCCGGGCCGCCGACGUCGUCUCCGCCGUCGACUACCUCGCGCUCGUGUGCCUGAACCGGGAUCUCGGCGGCGAGGCGGGGCAGCGGCACGGCAGCCUCUGCCACGAGGCCCUGCGCGAUCUCGUGCUCGAGACGCGCGAGUUCAGCAAGCUCAUCGGCGACAUCCGGCCGGACGGCCGCCGGAUCCGCGGCAUUAUCGAGGAGCGCGGGCCGCUGAUCGGGCUCGACGACGAGGACGACUUUGUCAACACGGUGACGCUGCAGGCGGCGAGCUUCGCCGACGAGAACGGGCGGACGACGGACUCGGUGCUGCUCUACCACCUCGCCGGCGAGUACGACAGCGUGGUGGCCAUCGUCAGCCGUGCGCUGAGCGAGGCCAUCUCCCUCGAGAUCGGCGAGGACCCGAUGCGGCUGAUGCCGGUGAAGCCGAGGGCGGCGGGCGAGGAGGCGCAGGGGCAGCAGGGCAGCAGCCUCAGCCUCGCGUCGAUCGACGACCCCGUCGAGCUGGCCCGGACCAUGAUGGCCAUGUACGAACGGGACGCCAUGUUCUACCGGAAGAUUCAGGACCAGAACAAGGUCGCCUGCCGGGUGCUGCUGGAGAUGAGCAUCAUCAAGAAGCUCGUCGAGGCGGGCCAAUGGGCUCAGGGCUUGGACAAAAUUCGAGGCCUCGAGAUCCUGCCUCUGGAAGCGGCGGGCGACGCGAGCACGGUUCGGGCGUACGCGUCCAAGUUCUCGGGCCUGUCGCAGCCGGUAUCGAUCAACGUGCCGAACCUGCUCAUGUGGACCAUCAUCUGCUGCACGCGGCAGCGGGAGCAGCUCUCCAACGGACAGUUCAGCGGCAACGAGGGGACGAGACUGAUGAUGGCGGAACAGCUGAAGCAGAUGACGCUGGACCUGACGACGUACACGAGCCAGCUUCGGUACCGGUUCCCGCCGCACCUGCACGAGGCUCUGGCAAGGGCGUCGGCCGAGUGA